AUGCAUGGCCCGGUCGCUUUGCUGGUGCUCAGAGUCUCAUGUGCUAUGAUCCCUCAUGCUCAUGUGGAAUGCCACCCUCGGCCCACCCCUCUCAGGGUGAGCAAAUGGGAGCUUCAGCUACCCGCAUGGAACAGCUUUCGCCUCGGAUGGCCAUCUAACUGGGGCUUUUGGAGUCACUCUUUGAGAAGUGAUGCGCUAACAUCUUUCUUGUUUCUUAUCAUAGUGACCAAAAGCGACAUCGAGGAACAUUUCAGCAGCCAUGGCUCCGGUAAGAUAACAGAGAUCAAGUUGAUGAACGGUUUCGGCUUCAUCGAAUAUGACGACCAGCUGGAUGCCAGAGAUAUUGUGCCCGCGUUCCACGGCAGUGACUUCAAAGGCGAGCGACUCACCGUUCAAUUUGCGCGCGGUCCUCGCCGCAAGGAGGCCUUCCCGGGACCACCAGACCGCAAUGCUCUCCCUCGUCCUCGUCGCACUAUGUUCCGCAUGCAGAUCUCCGGUCUUCCAGAAACAAGUUGGCAGGACUUGAAAGACUUCGCCCGCCAGUCUGGACUGGACGUUGUUUACUCUGAGACUGGCCGAGAACAGGGCCGAGGGUUUGUGGAAUUUGAAACCGCCAAUGACCUGAAGACUGCCGUGGAGAAACUGGACCAGCGAGAGUUCAAAGGCUCCGUCGUAUCUUGUGUCGCCGAUAUUCAAAACUUUGAGGAACGCCCCAUUCGUGACCCAUACCGAUCUCGUUCCCCACCACGUCGCCCCUACCCUGCCACCAUGGAGGAGUACGACCGCCGGAUCCCUCCCCCACGUGGCUACAGUCCUCGGGAGCACUACCGUGAGCGGUCGCCGAUUCCUAUCCGCCGUGAUCCUUACUAUGAACGGGAUGGCUAUGCCCGCCGGACUCCCCCUCGCCCUCGGAUGGAAGACUACCCACCCCCACGUCGUCCCUACGAAGACCCCUAUGAGGCCCGGCCGCCCCCACCUCCUCGUCACUAUGAUGAUCCCUACCUAGCUGCCCGAGGUUAUGGGCGUCCUCGCUCUCCGCCGAGAGGCGAGUAUGUGCCUUAUGACCGUCCUCGCUACUGGUAG